GGGCGGGGCGGGGCGGGGCGGGCCGCAGCCCCGGAGUCCGAGCGCGAGCCCCCAGCCCCGGGCCAGCCGCAGCCGAUCCCGGCCCGAGCCCGAGGCCGGCAGCUCGGGGUGCGGCGCCCGCGCGGUGCCCUGCGUCCGAGCCGGGCAGGUGCCCCAGGAGCCACCUGCGUCCCCGCCUAGCUCUCCCCUGCGGGGGCAGCCGCCACCAUGUUCUCGUGUGUGAAGGCCUACGAAGACCAGAACUACUCCGCCCUGAAGCGGGCCUGUCUGCGCCGGAAGGUGCUCUUCGAGGAUCCCAACUUCCCGGCCACCGAUGACUCGCUGUACUAUCAGGGCACCCCGGGGCCCACUGUCAGGUGGAAGCGGCCCAAGGACAUAUGUGAGGACCCCCGCCUCUUUGUGGAUGGCAUUAGCUCCCAUGACCUGCACCAGGGCCAAGUGGGCAACUGUUGGUUCGUGGCGGCCUGCUCUUCGCUCGCCUCCCGGGAGUCACUGUGGCAAAAGGUCAUCCCAGACUGGAAGGAGCAGGAGUGGGACCCCGAGAAACCCAAUGCCUAUGCAGGCAUCUUCCACUUCCACUUCUGGCGCUUUGGGGAGUGGGUGGAUGUGGUCAUUGACGACCGGCUGCCCACAGUCAACAACCAGCUCAUCUACUGCCACUCCAGCUCCCGCAACGAGUUCUGGUGUGCCCUGGUGGAGAAGGCCUAUGCCAAGCUGGCAGGCUGUUACCAGGCACUGGAUGGAGGCAACACGGCAGAUGCGUUGGUGGACUUCACAGGUGGCGUUUCCGAGCCCAUCGACCUGACCGAGGGUGGCUUUGCCCACGAUGAGGCCAAGAGGAACCAGCUCUUUGAGCGUGUGUUGAAGGUGCACAGCCGGGGGGGUCUCAUCAGCGCCUCCAUCAAGGCGGUGACAGCAGCAGACAUGGAGGCCCGCCUUGCGUGUGGCCUGGUGAAGGGCCACGCGUAUGCCAUCACUGAUGUGCGCAAGGUGCGCCUGGGCCACGGCCUGCUGGCCUUCUUCAAGUCGGAGAAGCUGGACAUGAUCCGCCUGCGCAACCCCUGGGGCGAGCGGGAAUGGAACGGGCCCUGGAGUGACACCUCAGAGGAGUGGCAGAAAGUGAGCAAGAGCGAGCGGGAGAAAAUGGGUGUGACCGUGCAGGAUGACGGGGAGUUCUGGAUGACCUUCGAGGACAUGUGCCGCUACUUCACCGACAUCAUCAAGUGCCGCUUGAUCAAUACAUCUUACCUGAGCGUCCAUAAGACGUGGGAGGAGGCCCGGCUGCGGGGUGCCUGGACGCGGCACGAGGACCCCCAGAAGAACCGCAGUGGAGGCUGCAUCAAUCACAAGGACACCUUCUUUCAGAAUCCACAAUACAUCUUUGAUGUCAAGAAGCCAGAAGAUGAAGUGCUGAUCUGCAUCCAGCAGCGGCCGAAACAGUCUACCCGCCGGGAUGGCAAGGGUGAAAAUCUGGCCAUUGGCUUUGACAUCUACAAGGUGGAGGAGAACCGCCAGUACCGCAUGCACAGCCUGCAGCACCGGGCCGCCAGCUCCAUCUACAUCAACUCACGCAGUGUCUUCCUACGGACGGACCAGCCCGAGGGCCGCUUUGUCAUCAUCCCCACCACCUUCGAGCCGGGCCACACUGGCGAGUUCCUGCUUCGAGUCUUCACUGAUGUGCCCUCCAACUGCCAGGAGCUGCGCCUGGAUGAACCCCCUCGUACCUGCUGGAGCUCCUUAUGUGGCUACCCCCAACAGGUGACUCAGGUGCAAGUCCAAAGGGCUACUGGUCUCAAGGACUCCUCGACAGGGGCCAACUCUUAUGUGAUCAUUAAGUGCGAGGGUGACAAAGUCCGCUCGGCUGUGUGGAAAGGUACCUCGACGCCCGAGUACAACGUGAAAGGCAUCUUCUACCGAAAGAAGCCAGGCCAGCCCAUCACAGUCCAGGUCUGGAAGCACCGGGUCCUGAAGGAUGAAUUCCUGGGCCAGGUGCACCUGAAGGCUGACCCGGACGACCUCCAGACCCUGCACACCGUCCACCUCCAGGACCGCAGCGGCCGGCAGCCCAGCGACCUGCCUGGCACCGUGACCGUGUGUGUCUUCAGCAGCACCUCCCUCACAGCUGUCUGACACCUGCCCGGCCGCCUGGCCUCCACAGUGUUACCACCAUCUGCAUGUCCCCAACCCGGCCAGGGACUAGCCGGGAGCCAGGACGCUGGGGGCCUUUCCCCAGCUUUUCUACUGACUGGCUGUGUGACCUUGCGAGGCCUCUGUCCGUCUCAGGGCCUCAGUGUCCCAAGGACCCCAAAGCGUUCCCUUCUCAUGGAGGAGCCUUCCUGCCUGAGAUUUACGAUAGCUCUCCUUGCCCCAGCUGUCACCACUGCUAAGGGACUCUAUCCGUUGAAAAUGUUUUCCCAAGGCCCUGCUGUCUGCCAAUGGGGUGCCAAGAUGUCACUUGUUUACACACGAUCUGCCACAUUUCCCAGCCCCACCCUUGCCCUUUGUGCCCCAGGCCUGCCCCUGUGUCCCAGACCUUGUUCUCUCUGUCACCUACACCUGUUCUAGCCACCUUGAAAGGACUCUUGGCUCUUGCUGGGUUCCUGCUUGGGCUGGAGUCAGAAAAAUGGGCAGGUGACAUAUGUUCAUUCUCUGAUCCUGUCUACUUGCCCAUCCAUUUAUUCAACCGAGAUUAGCUAAAUGAAUAAAUGAUGCCCAGGAGA